AUGCUUGCGGUAGCGAACGAGAAGGGCAUGAACCUCAAUCACUGGGAUGUGAAGCAGGCGUAUACACACGCUACGCUAGACGAGGAGGUUUUUCUGAAGCUCCCCGCUGGGUGCGGGGACAAGUCGCAUAAGAUUGCUAAGGCUGAGCGUGCGAUUUAUGGUCUGAAGCAGAGCGGUAGGCAGUGGGGGUACCACGCUGCUGAUACGCUAGUCGAGAACGGGUUCGAGCAGUUCAAGGCGGACCCGUGUGAAUUCCGCAACAUGGUAGACGAAGUCGUGGUGAUGAUUAUUGUGAUAUACGUGGAUGACAUUUUGGUGGCUGGGUCUGACGAGGAUUGGGAUUGCGAGGAGUUGCUUACUUCUCUCAACAAGAAAUUUCCCACCAAUAAUGUUGGAGAAUGCGAACGGUUUGACGGGUGCGCCAUUGAGAGAGAUGGAGAGGCUGGGACUCUUAGAAUCUCCCAAACCGCGUACACUGAUAGCAUGGUGAGACGCUUCGUCAUGAUGUGGGUUUCAACGUUCUCGCGUCCAGACGUCUCGUUCGCCGUGCGUGCGGCAGCGCGCCACGCCCACGCCCCGGCGAAGCGGCACUGGGAUGCCAUACAGAAGAUCCUCGGCUACCUGAAAGGGACGAGGGACCUCGGCAUCACCUACCAACGGGGAUCGGGGUUAGGGCUGGCCGUGUACGUAGACGCUAGCUACAUCGACACGGAGGAUAAACAGCAUCGUGUCUUGUCUUCGAUGGAAGCCGAGUAUAUUGCUGCCGGGGAGGGCGUCAAGGAGGCGUUGUUUGUGCGUGCUGUGCUUUCGUUUGUUGCCCCAGAGACCAGUGGUAGCAGCAUCCAGGUCCUUGAGGACAACCAGGGGGUCAUAGUGUUGGUGCAGAACCCCCUCAGCUCCGGUCGCACGAAACACAUCGACGUGCGGUUCCAUUUCAUCCGCGGAUUGUUUAGGUCGGGGGAUAUUUCAGCCAAAUUUGUUCCGACAACAGAGCAACACGCGGAUCGCCUAACCAAGGCCCUUAGCAGGGCCAGUCUGCCGUACCACCGGCGCAAGUUGAUGGAUUUGCCGGAGUAG